AUGGAAUAUGGAGCCAUAGUAUGGGACCCAUACACGGUAACAAACACAAAUAAGCUAGAAAGGAUACAACGGCAAGCGGCAAGAUUCAUCACCAUCUAUUACAAGUCAAGAGAGGACGGUUGUGUCUCCAAUAUGAUUGCCAAACUGGAACUACAAGACCUCUUUACAAUUGCAAGACGAACAAGUUGUGCUAUUCAGGAGGUACUUAUGAGUAUGCUAAUGACUAUUUCUAAAUCUGAAAGAACAGAAACGCCUAAAUCUGAUUUCAAUACUUCAGAAUAUAUAAAAAUGGUCCCUACAACAAAAUUUACUAUACAACCUGUUAUCGAAGAUAAUACAAGUAGUGCACGCCCAGAAUCUCCAUCUAUCGGAGAAACCAUUUCAAAAAGCGAUGUGCAAAAUAUUACCAAAAGUGAUAACAGUAUUUCUAACUUCGAGUGUGACACAAGUAAUUUGCCGGCUAGUAAAACUCCCAGCUCUAGUGAUUCAAUUGUCGUCAGUGAUAAUUACAAAGGAGCAUAUGUGUCUGAGCAAGAAACCACAAAUGAAUGUAGUAUUCCCUCUGGUUUAGAAAUUAGUGCUGCUCGAGACAAAAAUAAAAAAGUGUCUGUUGCUCCGAAAAAAUAUUACAGAGGAAUCUCUAUUUCGAAAAGGAAUUCACCCCUUAGUCAUGCUGUGAACAAAGAAACAAAUGAAUCAAGAAUAUUACCAGAAGACGACAAUGUGCCAAGUGUUUCGUUUGAAGAACAGUUAAAGAAAAAGAUAUCAAGUGAAUUAUCUCACCAAAAGAUCCACCAACUAGUUGUCGAAGCUAUAACGGAUGGAAAGUAUAAGCAAACGGUAAUACCUAUAGAUAUCUGGGAUUUUGGCGGACAGAAAGAUUAUCAUAUGACCCAUCAGCUCUUUAUUACAAGCAGAGGGAUUUUUGUAUUGAUGUUCAACGGAAGCAUUGACUUAAAAAAGGCAAGACGGGAUUUAGCAUUUCUGUCAGGACAUUACACUAAACAUUCUUCAGUGGCAGUAUAUCUGAUUCACUGGGUGAAUUCCAUUUUAACAUACUCCAAACGCUUAGAUGGAGGAUUUCCAAGAAUAGUUUUUGUAGCUACGCAUAAAGAUAAGAUUUCAAAGAAAAAGCAGGAAUCACACAGAAACAAGCUCAUGGAUCAAAUUGGGGAUUUAUUUAAAUCACAUGCAGGUCUCAAACAUCUUGACUUCAGGCCACUCAUUUUUAUCAACGCUAUAGAUGUAAACGAUCCAGAGAUUGAAGAUCUCCGAAUGACUCUGAUGAACAGCGCUAGUGAGAAUCCACGCUGGGGAGAACUUAUGCCAACAGUAUGGGUUCCACUGGAAUUGCAAUUAUUAAUGGAAGCAGAAAAGGGCAUAAAUGUCAUGUCAAAAAAACAACUGGAAAUGCUAAAUGUACAAAACAAAUCAAUGGUACUCACAGAACAGCAACUAGAAACUUUUCUUUUGGUUCAACAUUCUCUGGGAAAGGUUCUUUACUUCAAUACAAAUACCCUUCGUAACUUUGUCAUCAUUAGACCAGCCUUCCUUGUAGAUGUUCUUCGAUCAAUAGUAACAGAAAAGCAGUUUUGGAUCAAAGAGAAGCAGUUUGUUCGUAUCUUGAAAUCAUUGAUAGAUACGGGCUUUAUUGAACGUGAGGAUAUUUAUCUAAUAUGGAAUCAGGACGCUUUUAACCAAAUUCUUCCCUAUAAAGAAUUUAUGAUUGAAGUUUUAGUUCAUCUUGACAUCUUAGUUGCUCCGCAAACUCACGAUGACAAUUUGAAUUGCAACAUUCAAGACAUGCCAAGGUUUCUUGUUCCAUGUUUGAUAACAAGGCCUAAUAAAACCAAGUACAUGAAAAAAUUUUGCACUUCAAAAACAUCUAUAAUAAUGUCAUAUACAUUCAUUGAAGAAGUCAUUCCUCCAGCGCUUACAUAUAGAUUCCUUGGAUCAUUCGUCACCAUGUGGGGUGUAAAAAAUUACAAAGAAAAAAAGAGAUUGUUGUUCAGCGAUCUUGCCGUUGUAGAAGUGGAUAAGAGUCACGAUGUUGCAGUUCAGGUAGUGAAAAAUAGAGUUGUGGUAUAUCUCAUCCAUUCAAAGAGGAAGGAAGAUAUUGUACCAACACUUGCAUCUUCCGUACAAGAAUGUUUGACUGCAGCAGUUUACAGAAUUUCUGAAUUUUAUUCAACGCUUUCGGAGGAGACCAAAACAGUGCAACAGAAGUCUCAUAUGGUCAUGCCAUUCAAUAUAGAGUUUGGUGUUCAUUGUCAAAAAACUUUAUGCUUCUUCCAACCUAAAAAUAUGCAAGCAUCCGGUCAAGAUCCAGGAUUGCGGUGCAGCUGCCACAAGCAAAGUCAUGAUGUCAAUUGUCUUAAAUUGUGGUUUUCUGAAAAAAUUUAUUGUGAGAUAUGUGACGAAUCGUGUAACGGUCUUGGUGAAAUAGAAAUAGAGCAAUGUCCCGAAGAAAAACACUUACUCAGAUUUGUGGCAAGACUUACGCAUGAUCAUUGUCGUGAGCUCUUCCUUUUACUUGGAAUGGACAAAAGUAUUUGGGAAGAUGUUAAUCAACAGUUCCAACAUCUUCACCCUGACGAUUCCAAAUUUACUUCCAUGUUAAGAUGGAAAGAAGGGAGGAGAAAUCCAACAUUUCAAGACAUCAUUUAUGCCUUAGAAGAAUGCAAACUAGAUAAACAUCUACUUUGUCAGGUUUUUAGAGAUGUAGUUCCCGAUACCUCAGGAAUUACAGAUGAUAUCCUGACCAAAGUACCAUCUACCACUACAUUGCAGUGUCUAGCAAACCAUAUCGGAAACAGUAGUAUGCAGUUAGGUGUAGAACUUGGGCUGACCAUGUCUGAGAUACAGAACAUACAGUACGAACACAAGGACAAGCUGUUGAAUCAGACGAGGGAAAUUUUACGGAUCUGGAAGCAGAAGAAAGCCCCAAGAAAUUUGUCACUGAUCAAAGCCUUGCAUAGGAUUGGAAAAAUCAACUGCAUAAGCAUGAUAAACGAAUAA